AUGCCUCUGUCCGUCCGUCCGUCUCUCAGCCCUGGCCAGGGCAGCGUGGAGCAGUGCGCUCCCGUCCCCCUCCGGCAGCGCCCCGAGCCCCGGGCGUGCCGGCAGGAAUUGGGGAAGUGCCCCCCGCACACCCACGGGCACACCCAGGGGCUCGGAGUUCAGCCGGGCCGGGGGUCGGGCCGGGGGGCGCAGGAUGCUGGCUCCCCUUGGUGCGCUCCGCUCCGCGCCCCCUCCCGCGGGCCGCGGGUCCCUCCGGGGGUCCCGGGGCGCUGCCCAGGCUGCCCGAGAGGUGGCGCCGGCGCCUCGCCGGAGCCCCCCCGCCGCCGGCCACCCCCACCCAGCGCCGGGUCGCCUGCAUCAGCCAUAAAACCAUUGAGGAUAUCAAGACAGGCGCCAGACCUGCCACCACCUCUAUCCCUAAAAGUCCCUCCUCGCCCAGGCCAGCUCAGGGGAGCAUCAGCUCAAGUGACAUUUCUAGCUGCCAUCACCUUGGGCCAUCCGAAGGUGGGGGAAGAGGGAGAGAAAAACUCCUGCUCAGCCCAAAGCUUUCUCCCGCUCAAACAGCGCGAAUUUAAACCAAACCUCCAUCCCCAAGUUGAAAUGGGAAGGGUCCCGUUCCCCCGCGAAGGGGAACAGUUUGAUGUUCGUGAGGGCAUUUUUAAAUUAAAAAAUCGAGGGGGAAAAAAAAACCCCCACAACUUCAUCACCACUUUCACCCCCUGCAUCUGCCUUUAUCUCGCCAGUGCAGGAACUGGGGGCCGCGGGCCGAGGGGCAGGCAGAGCAUAAAACAGGAUACAGGCUGGAAGUACAUCCUUAUAAUAUUUAUUACUGGCGGAGGAUGAAUCGCUUUUCAAUAUACGGGCCACUAACUGUUGAAGGGAUGGGGGGGAAAAAAAAAAAUCUCAUUAAGAAAUAUAUAUGUUCUGCUAAAGGAUGUGCUCAUGGACUGGCAGAGGUGCAGCAGGAGCUGCCAGCUCUCCUCAGCUCCUCUCUCAGUGACCUCCCAGGCCACUGGUCCAGCCUGGAUGUCUGUCCCCGUUCCAGCCGUUUUCCAACUUCAUCUCGAUGUAUCACCAGCCUGAGGGUCAGAAGGGGCGAUUCCAAUAAAAGGGGGGGAAAUAGAUUUUUAAAAAAACAUGUAUUUCCAGGCAAUAACUAACUGGGAAAGCCAAAUUCCCAGCCUGGACAGGAGAGGAAAACGAGCCCAGCCACAGCAUCAACUCCUGGGCACUUUACCUGGAAACUUUGAAGGAGGGCUCUGCAUUAAAAUUUAACCGAUCUAUUCUCCAAUUCUUCACUUUUGCGUUAUUAAUUUAUGACAGAUAAAAGCAUAGCUGAGCCUUUCUCAUUAACUUUUCAAACGCCACUUAAUAUUGUUCCAUUAAAAGAGGUGACUUUAGUAGCCUCUGGAUCGACUUUAAAAGCGAGAGGAAUAAAGACGGAAAAGGUACAUUAAACAGCCUGCUUAAAACUCGUCCUUCCCCCCCCAACAAUUCAAAUGACACCAUCCCGACUGGUUCGUACUAGCUCCUUCCAGGAGAAAUAUCUUAAUAUUGAGAACGGGAAAGGGGGUGGAGGAGAAAGGCAGAAGAGGGAUAUAUAUCUUUCAACCCCUCCAUCCUCCCAGGCACUUCGGGGAGGGUUGGGGUGAAAGCAUUUCACAGUACGCCCAAGACAUUUCAAUAAAAAUUUAUUGAAACUUCAGUGACUUUUAAAAGGGGGAAAAAUUACAGAAAAAAAAAAUAGCAAGAACUUCUCAACAUUUAUAUAACACAAAAUAUACCUUCAUUUUUUUUUUUUCUUUGAACCAGCUCUGAGCACCUGACUUUCAACCCAAGAAAAUAUGCACUCACUCAAACAAAGACAACAAUAAGCACAGUAGUAAAAUUCCGUUGCGGGGUUGUUUUCUGACACACCGAGGAAACGGGCAAAAUAAUAGAAAGUAAAGAAAAUCUUAGAAUCUUCACUUUUUUCUUUUUUUUUUU